UCACGUAUUUGGAAGCCGUACCACUUCAGACAUCCUUCUGUUUCUCUCUCUCUCUCUCUCUCUCCCCGAUCCCGACGUCUCCGUUACUCUCUCUGAGCGGCCAUGUCGUUUGGAACGGCCAUGUCGAGGCAACUCCUGAGGUGUUCGAGCGCCGCCACGCUGGGAGCGCCGAGGUCCAUGUCGUCGUGGUGGCGACACGUGGAGCCGGCUCCCAAGGACCCCAUUCUCGGCGUCGCCGAAGCCUUUCUCGCAGAUCCGAGUCCUAACAAAGUCAAUGUUGGAGUUGGGGCGUACCGUGACGAUAACGGGAAGCCGGUGGUGCUCGAGUGUGUUCGGGAAGCUGAGAGGAGGAUCGCCGGCAAUAUGAACAUGGAAUAUCUUCCAAUGGGAGGGAGUCUGAAGAUGGUUGAGGAAACACUGAAGCUAGCCUAUGGGGAGAAUUCUAAUUUGAUUAAAGAUAAGCGUAUUGCAGCAGUGCAAUCUCUAUCAGGGACAGGUGCAUGCCGCCUUUUUGCAGACUUUCAGAAGCGUUUUUCCCCUGAUUCUCAAAUAUACAUACCUGUCCCCACCUGGGCCAACCAUCAUAAUAUCUGGAGAGAUGCUCAUAUCCCUCAAAGGACGUUCCAUUACUACCAUCCAGAGUCCAGAGGGUUGAAUUUUCCUGCAAUGAUGGAUGACAUUAAGAAUGCACCAAAUGGUUCAUUCUUUCUGCUUCAUGCUUGUGCUCAUAACCCUACUGGAGUGGAUCCUUCAGAGGAGCAAUGGAGAGAGAUUUCAUACCAGUUCAAGGUUAAAGGUCAUUUUGCAUUCUUUGACAUGGCAUAUCAAGGUUUUGCUAGUGGUGAUCCAGAGAGGGAUGCAAAGUCUAUUAGAAUUUUUCUUGAAGAUGGUCACUUGAUUGGAUGUGCUCAAUCAUAUGCCAAAAAUAUGGGACUCUAUGGCCAGAGGGUAGGAUGCCUCAGUGUGGUCUGUGAAGAUGAAAAACAAGCCGUUGCUGUCAAAAGUCAGUUACAGCAGCUUGCCAGACCCAUGUACAGUAGUCCACCUGUUCAUGGUGCAGUGAUUGUUUCUAUCAUACUUAGUGACCCAGACUUGAAGAAGUUGUGGCUUAAGGAAGUUAAGGGCAUGGCUGAUCGAAUCAUUGGAAUGCGGACUGCCUUGCGUGAAAACCUUGAAAAGUUGGGAUCACCUCUAUCUUGGGAGCACAUAACUAAGCAGAUCGGAAUGUUCUGCUAUAGUGGGUUGACUCCCGAACAAGUCGAUCGUUUGACUAGCGAAUACCAUAUUUACCUGACACGCAAUGGUCGGAUCAGUAUGGCAGGCGUUACAACGGGUAAUGUGGGAUACUUGGCAAAUGCUAUCCAUGAGGUCACAAAAUCUGCUCAGUGAUGGAGACAUGGCAAAUACCAUCCAUGAGGUCAGAAAGUCUGGUUACUGACUUGUUAUAGGAACGUAGUAUACCUCCAUGAAAUAGUUUUACUAGGUCACCGUACCAUAGUACAUUGGCUUCCUGGGUAUCAGGAUUUUGACUGCUUUUAGGAAACAUUUCUGCACACCAAGUCCUUUACUGCUGUUUUUGCAAGAAAAUAAGAGGGGGAGAUGGAAACUUAAAAUAAGUAUGGAGAUAAUGCCAUUGAUGUGGACCAAUUGAACUAUUUGGUUCCUCCAUUUUUGCCUGUUGUUGGAGGAACCAUUAUUAUAAGAAAGGGAGGGGAUUGAGUUGAGGCCUCUCUAAAUAAUGUCCUAAGCAGAACAGUUGUAUUUAUAGGGAGACAGUCAGUUAUACCUAUGACUAGCUGUUUUAUGCGUAACUUGAUUUGCUCAUGAGAAUGUAAUGUAAAAGGUUAUAAAUGAUACAGCAAAGUAGAAAUCAAGCAAGCCUUCACUUGGGUAUUUGAGA